CGCUGAGCUGGCCCAGAGAGGCUCCGCCCGCAUCCCAUAGUCCUUUGCAGCGGCUCUAUCGUGUCGUGUCCCACUUUGAGCCAUGGCACGGACAAUGCGGGUGUUGGUGGCGGUGCUGCUUGCCCUGGCAGGGUGUAUGGCUGAGACCUGCACGGAGCCCGUGAUUACUCCUUCUUACUACACUACCUCCGACGCGGUUAUUUCCUCAGAAGUAGUUUUCAUUGUGGAGAUCUCUCUUACUUGUAGCAAUGGGGCCCAGAAUGUUGCACUUUAUGCUGAUGUGAAUGGAAAACAAUUCCCUGUAACCAGAGGUCAGGACAUUGGACGGUACCAGGUAUCUUGGAGUCUUGAACACAAAAAUGCCCGUUCAGGAACCUACGAAGUGAAAUUCUUUGAUGAGGAAUCCUACAGUCUGUUGCGAAAGGCACAGAGGAACAAUGAAGAUAUUUCUGCCAUCAAACCUCUCUUCACAGUAGAUGUUGAUCACAGGGGAGCAUGGAACGGUCCUUGGGUAUCCACAGAAGUCCUGGCUGGUCUUAUAGGAAUCUUGGUCUAUUACACUGCAUAUACUGCAAAGAGUAACAUCCAGGCGUGAUCAAAGCUACACAUGUCCAGGGAGGGAAUGUGUCUUGGUGUACAGAAUUGUGUUUUUGUCAAUACCCACUAAUAAAAUUUUUUCUAUACAA